AUGGACCCUUCUUUUCUGCCUUCUCCAAAAAGACUUAGGGGGAGAAGCCGACUAUCAUCGUCCACAGAUCGCUUCAAAUUCACCCCAAAAGCUGAAUCGAAGAAAGCGCCCCGACUCUGGGAUCGCAAGCCCAUGACCCCUUUUAAAUCUCGCUCCAGGUCCCACAAGGUCUGGAAGCGGUUCCUGGCCUCUUCGUUCAAUCAUGUUGGCGGAGAUAGUGCAGACCACGACGCAUUUCUUACUGAGAUCAACGAAUCAUCUACGCUCCGAGGUGUUUUACGAGGAGUCAAAAGACGUUGCACUGCAGCUUGUGUUGGGGUGGAACGAGGAAGGUCCUUUCUGGAAACAAAAUGGGAGAUGGAAGAUAUGGGUUCCCGGAAACGAAAAUGCGUCCCACAAAUGGAAGUUUGCAGGAGGGAGAUCAUCGAAGACCCAUGUAUCGUUCCCGAUGCCGAUGACAUCAGACAGAACAAGCACCUUGACGACCACGAGUGCGUUGAAGAGCAGAAAUUCGUGAAUCAAAACUACUUUGGCUUGGAUUUGUUAGCUGUACAGCAUGAGAGCACAUCUGUAGCCUCACGCCAACCUCAUGUAAAUGAAUUGUGGGAUCCUGAAGAUCCCGUUAGACUUGGAGAGCAGGACCGAAACAUUUAUCCUUCGACUAUGCGAGAAUCAACCGGCACGCUGGAUCGAGAAAAUCUUGAGUCUGGCGAUCAGGUUGCACCAGACUUAUUACUCGAUGCAGAAAAUGCAUUCCUCACUACGGCAAAGAUCGAGAAAGUGGCUGAGGAAGCAGUAGCGCCCUUGGCAAUACCCCCGAGCCGAUUAUUGUUUCCAACCCUAGAAGGCGAUGACGCCGACUUCAUAACUGACUUCUUAUCCCAGGCGCAAGCCAAGCGGGCCGCCGCUAAAUCUACCUUGCCGAGCAAAGAAUCGGAAAACGCUGGCUGGGAAGGGCCGACCCGAUCUCCCACACCAAGCGCGCGCGCGCGAAGGGUUUUGGAAGACUUGGAUAAAAAUUCCCCUUCAUCUCCAAGGCAACAAGUAUCGCCUUCGAAAGUGAGACAGGUUCCAAGAUCACCCUCCCCGAAACCGCCUCCAGCAAUUGAUCACGAACUAGAGAUUGAGAACGAAGAACAAGCCCAAAGAAUCCGCGGUGAAACAGAAGAAGACCUGCAACAGCCGAGAGCAGGUACUCCAUGGCGAAGAAGCACCCGCAAAAUUAUUCCAAGAACCCAACGGUAUACACCUACUGUACCGAAUCAUAUCCCUGUUCGCCGUUCCAACGGUACCGAGUUCGUAUUUUUACAACGUUCAGAGGAACAACAGCUAUCUCUAACGACCAAGGCCAACACCAGGCGUAAUAAAGGCGAUGCUCAGUUCCCCUGUUUUGUACUUCAAGCGAUCAAUUCACAAGAAUACGAACCUUUUGGUGUUAACAAUGAGGAGACAGGUGAUCCUGUUUCGCCGAAGAAGUCCCGCCGCAAGCGGAUACGGAUUGUCAAGAAAGUGAAGUGGGACGAGGAACAUCUUGUUCGAUACGAGGGAGAGCUAUUCAAUAACGAUGAACACGAUUGGGAAAUUAGCGAGGGGAACUCUUCCCAGAAACCCGCCAUAUCACAUGUAGCCAAACGAGAGAGAAAGAAGAGGAAGGAUGAGCCUGCCAAACCACCCGCUUCGACCCACUCCGAUCCGCAGCCGGCGAAAUCACCAACGGCGACGAGGAGGGUACCGAGGCUAGGAUUCAGUGAUUCCCGCAGCACUAACCACAAUAAUAGUGGUUUGGCCGUAGCCAGUACCACUGCUACUACGAGGGGCACCGCAACAAUUGCAUCAUCGCAUCCAGGGACGCCGAUUCAAAGAAAGAAACUUGCCCCGAAAUCUCCGAAGGCGCUUCUGUUUAAGGUUUCGGAUCCGAAGACCAGCACGGCCACGGCUACGGCCAGCAGGAGCUCUGCUCCCACUACACGUGCCGCGGCUAGGAAAUUUGGUGGCUCGUGUCUACCAAGGCAUACAGGGAGAACGAAGGUAUAG